AUGGCACCCUCAGCAGAUACCAGCUUUGCAGGGCAUAUUGCCAGUCAAUUUACUGCGUAUGAGAGCGACCGAAAGAUGUCCUCCAAAGACGCACUUUAUGCUACUUCCAAUGGCGCCCCGAUGCCUCACCCAUACGAGACUCAGAGAGUGGGCGAGAACGGCCCUCUCCUCCUACAGGAUUUUCAUCUCAUUGAUCUUCUUUCCCACUUCGACCGCGAGAGGAUUCCUGAGAGAGUGGUGCAUGCGAAGGGAAGUGGUGCACACGGCUUCUUCGAAUGCACCAACCCCGUCCCCGGCUUGACCGCCGCCGACAUCUUCUCCGAGAAAGGAAAGAAAUGCCCGGUCACAGUGCGCUUCUCGACAGUCGGUGGAGAGUCGGGCUCGCACGACUGUGCUCGUGACCCUAGGGGUUUCUCCGUCAAGUUCAGAACAGAGGAUGGUAACUGGGACGCUGUUGCAAAUAACACGCCCGUCUUCUUUUUGAGAGACCCGGCAAAAUUUCCACACUUCAUCCACACCCAGAAGCGGGAUCCAUCAACCCAUCUUACGCAUGCGGACGACUCGACCAUGUUCUGGGACUAUCUUUGCAAUAACCCAGAGUCAAUUCACCAAGUGAUGAUUCUUAUGGGUGACCGCGGUAUUCCUGAUGGUUAUCGCUUUAUGCACGGAUAUGUUGGGCACACGGUGAAGUUCGUCAAUAAGGAAGGCGAAUGGGUCUACGUCCAGAUUCACUUCAAGUCCCAACAAGGAGUCAAAUUCAUUACGCAGGAGGAUUCGGCCUCAAAGUCGCCAGAUUACAGUCAGAAAGAUCUUUACGAAGCGAUCGCAAAAGGUGAUUAUCCGAAAUGGUCUGUCGAGGUCCAGACAAUGACUCCCAAGGAGGCCGAAGAGCUCUGGGAGAAGGAGAAGAUCAAUGUCUUCGACUUGACCCACGUUUGGCCACAGAAGCAGUUCCCUCUCACCAAGAUUGGAGAGUUUACUUUGAACGAGAAUGCCGUCAACUACUUCGCCGAGGUUGAGCAGGUUGCAUUCAACCCCUCUCACAUGCCUCCAGGCAUUGAGCCUAGUGCCGACCCGGUCUUGCAGAGCAGACUGUUCUCUUACCCUGACACACACCGUCACCGCAUCGGGGUCAACUACCAGCAGUUGCCGGUCAACGCCCCAAGAACAGGAUACAAGUUCGGAAACUUCCAGAGAGACGGUCCCAUGGCUAUCUUCAACCAGGGUGCCAGGCCAAACUAUCUCUCGUCCAUCGACCCGAUCAAGUUCCGUGCUCGUACCGUCGACCUGGAUAAGACGCAUGGUCAUUUUACGGGCGAGGCUAUCACCUUCCUGUCUGAGAUUCGACCAGAGGACUUCAAUGCACCUCGCACCCUGUGGCAAAAGGUCUUUGAUGAGCCCGCGCGUGAGCGUUUCAUCUCCAACGUCUCGGGCAAGAUGGAGGCUUGCAAGGAGAAGGAGUUCAUCAAGAGGCAGAUUGCCAUCUUCCGUGAGGUCGACCCUGAUAUUGCCACGCGUCUGGAGAAGGCGACGGGCAUCCAAGGCUAUGAUGGCAUCGCGAACCUCAGCUUUAAUGGUACACACAACGGUAUGGCUGCCGACAAGAAGCUCAGGUAUGCGAAUGGCAUUGAUGUUACGAAGGGCCAAAGUGUGACCAAGAAUAACGGUGCACCUGUUUUCGGAACGCACAAGGUUGAGAAUGGUGCCAAUGGCCACUAA